UCACACAUGUCCGCCUGCAGGCCGUCAGACGUUCCAGAAGACUAUUCCAGUACCGUUGUGCCUCCCGCCAAUCCCGCUAUGCCGACAUCAAGUCCAGAAGUGUUCUUCUGCAGCAACGUCGCCCAAAUUGACGAGUGGGCAACUCGCACGGGAAUUCCUCUGACAUCAGCAGAAGCGCUGGGAAUGAACUAUCGUCGUGCGCGCGACUGGAUGCUCCGAAUCAAGAACGAGCUCGUCGCGCACCACGGCUGGCGCGACGUGCAGCCUCCCGAUGCCAAGCUUCUCUUUGACAUCGAGACUCCCUACCCCGGUUUCCCGCUUCGCCCCAACCUGCGCCUCUACGUCCCCGCACACGCGACCACAUUCUUCGCGCCUGACCGACGCGUGCAGUGGGAAAUGGUUUUCCAUAGCGGGACUUUCCAUCUUCUGAGACACACCGUCCGGCCAAUCAGCGACCUCCUCUACCUCCUCCAAUGCCUGCUCACCGGCAUGUUCCAGCUCGUCAUGGAGGAGGACCUGCCCGGCGGCGCUGUCCGCACCAUACGCGCCCUCCCGCCCGCCGACUGGGUCGCUGCACACGAAUCGGAACUGGUCAGGAUAUUUGGGCCUGCCAACCACAGACAGCUGCUGCGCGCAGCGAGCGACACUCGCAUCGCUUUCAAAUGCGAGCCUGCACCUCGCACCUGAAGCGAAUGCACUUCCUUCAAAAAUUUGGUCGGCUGGGCCUGCCGCGAUUCAUGGAGCCUCUCUACGAGUAACGGAGACGGAUCUCGACACAUGCUGCUACCGGCUCGCCUUGUAAGCUUUUUUUUUAUCGUUUCACCUAUGCUGUUUCGUCGCUGCUCUCAGUUCAGCUAUCUUUAUUCGCACUAAUGAACUUAGAGUCGUAGUAAUUGCUAUCGUAAAGUCGGACUCUAUCCCGCGCUCGCACCUGUUCUGCUCUUAUCUUGACCAUUUCGUCGUAUUCGUAUAUCUGUGCCCACAUAAUAAUGCUCUGUAACUCUUCUAUCGCGGUCGCCCGGAAUCGUAUGUACAUCGCUAGUGCUCCGUAGCUUUAGUAAGUUAGGAAUAUGUCCCUGGCCUAAAUACCCGAGG